AUGCCUCGCUUGAUUAACCCGGUAGGCUGGACGCUUUGGCCGGACACAUCAUCCGCAGGAGCUUCCGGCCCCUCUCUCGAGGAUCCCAAGUCCCAGGUCUGGCCGAUUCUUUCCCUUCGCAACGGCUCGGGCCACGCCUUCCACAUUCACGCGAUCUCCGACCAGCUAGUGCGCGUGAUUCACACGCUACCUGAAAAGUUUGGAGGUCGGACUUACUUGGGCGGUCAAGCUGGACGUGCAGGCCGGGGGCGAGACGGAGUUGCUUGGGAGCGAGCACUGGGACAGGGCUGGUCGGUGAAGCACGAUGAGAGCCGCAAAAGGGCGACGUUGACUAGUGCUGCCGUGUUGGGUGGACUGGCUGGCAUUCGCAUACACGUCGACUACAGUCACGCCAUCCUCCUGAGCUGGAUGUGGGUCGACGCAGGCGCAGAGAAUGGUUUUGUCUUCCUGAAGGACUUUAAGCACGCAUACAGGUACGACGAGAAAUCAGGUCGAGCAUUCCACUACGUCUGCCGCGAGUCGUACAUGCCACUUUGUGAGGAGGCGCAAAGCGCAAACACCAAUCAUCCUGCUCAUCCUGCCCAAAACGAAUUCGUCUAUGGGCUUGGAGAGACUAAAGGGCCGAUGAUGAAGGCCGGCAAGCGGUACAUCAUCGAGGGCCGGGAUAGUCUGGCCGCAGAUCCAGAGGAGACGGAUCCUCUGUACAAGUUAUGUCCUUUCUACUCAGUAUACAACGCGGAGACGCGCUUCUGGUACGGGCUCUAUUACAACACUCUGUCUCCAUCAAUCUUCGACCUUGGUGGAGAGCACGACUUUAGCACUGGCAAUUUCAGAUCUUUCUGCGCGGAGCAAAGUCCUUUGGAUUACUACGUCCUCCUCGGCAGCCAUGAGCUAUCCGGCAAUGUCAGGCCAAGGCCAAGCCUGCCUGGCAUAGUCUCGCAGCUUGCUCACCUCGUGACACCGCAUCAUUCCGGUGCGCUCGGCGACACGUCCAAUGGUCGUUGGCAAGCGAGUCCUCAUCUUCCCCCUCUUUCACAAUUCGGCUACCUGGCGAGCAGUCUGACCUUGUCAGAGCGGUCUGACGCACAGGCUGCAGUAAUAGACUACGUCGCCCAAACCAGAGCGCGCGGCUUCCCGAUUGACGGUAUGCAUCUCAGCUCGGGUUACUGCCAAGAUGCCGUCUCUGGUGACCGGAAUUAUUUCACGUGGGAUCGCAGCAAGUAUCCGGAUCCAGAGGCCAUGGGCAAGGAGCUGGAGCGAGGGCAGUCCUGCCAAUUGAUCAUCAACGUCAAGCCUUGGUUACUUGAGUCGCAUCCUUGGUAUGACGAGGCUGCCAGAGAGGGUGCUUUCGUUCGCGCCGCUCCGGACGCUAGACCUCUAGAAGGCGGCUCUGCGCCGACAGAUGCAGAUCGAUGUGGGGCGUAUCACACCCAUCCAGCUAGGACGCUGCAUUGGAGUGUGAACAUGGGUGACACGGGCAAAGGGUCGUACUUUGACUUUUCCAGCGUGCGAGGCUGUCAGAGCUGGCAGCGAAUGAUGCAGCGCGGUGUGCUCGACAAUAAUAUCACUGGUCUCUGGAUCGACAACAAUGAAUUCUCGACCCUAGUCGAUGAUGAUGAAGAGCUUGCCGGACAGGUCGCCGCAUGGUCCUCGCCCUUCGAAGGCGCUUGCGAUGUACCCAGUGCAACCGGUCUGCACUCAGAAGCAGAUGCCAUGCUCAAGGUGGAGGUGCAGCAGAGAAUGGGAGGGAGUACGGGAGACCACUUCACGGUGGGAACGUUUGGCCGUGGUGUGCUAACGAUGGGCAUGGCGCGCGCAACGGCAGAGCAUCUCCUUCGCGCGAGGCCGCACGCGCGACCGGUGGUAGUGACGCGAAGCUUCGUGCCAGGCAUGCAAACCUUCGCGCACGGAAGUUGGUCUGGCGACAAUUCCACUACCUGGAAAUCGCUCAAAUGGAGCACGAAGAUGACGUUGAGCACCGGCAUCAGCUUUGGCCCUGGCCUCUAUGGGCACGAUAUUGGCGGGUUUGCUGGUGCCCACAGCCCGAGCCCCGAACUUUUGGUCCGUUGGUGCCAGCAGGCACUGUGGCAUACGCGCUUCACUGUGCAUUCGUGGAAAAAGAUCUCCACGACGCUUUGGAUGUAUGAUCACGUCCCAGACGUCGGUCGCAUCUUACGUGAGGUAAUCAACUUCCGAUAUCAGCUCAUUCCGACACUAUACUCUCUAUAUGUCACCGAUUACCACCGACGUGGUUGGCCAGUCCUCAAGCCUCUCUUGUGGCAUCACUCGUACGACCGAAUCACGUUGACUCAGGAUGAGCAAUUCCUGCUGGGGUCGCAUCUGCUGAUUGCGCCAAACACAACGCAAGGAGCAACAAGCGUGGACUUUCACCUGCCAGGCGGCCAAAUCGAGCCAAUCUGGUGGUGCAAUUUCCACACGGGGGUGUGGACGCGCCUCCCAGUUGGAGGCGCUGAUGUCACGGAAGAUGCGGCCCUCGACCGCUGUCCGGCGUUGAUGAGAGCCGGAGGCAUCCUCGUCCUUGCCUCCGAGGUCGGACAGGAUGCACUUUCAACCAGUCGGUCGGGCAGAAUCGUAUCAAUUUACCCAGCGCCCAUCGAAGCUGCGACAAGUUGCAGCGGAUCUUUUGUCGUCAUUGAAGAUGACGGGUGCUCAAACGCAGCGACUACCAGCGGCGAGUGGACAGAGUACGAGGUAUUCUUCCAAAGCAUUGCCGGUUCCCAAACCGUGCAAUGCGGCUUCAAGCUCCUUCAUGGUGGCUUUGCAGGACACUGGGAUCUCACUUUUAAAUUGCCACGGAGCGACACGCGCAGGCUGAUGCCCUUAGGAGAUAGUGCUCAAGUAGCAGAAGUCACCGACGACGGCCUGCAGAUCAGGGUGACAGUGGCAAAGCCUUGA